UGUCACAUGACCGGUAAGGAUCCGACGACUGGGUUGAAAGCAUUCUAGCAAAACAAACUCUGUUAAAAUAAAAGUAUAUUUCAAAAGUCAUUAAUUUUCUUUCAGCACUGUUCAGUCGUGUAAAGUCAGACAAAACAGCAGAAAUGCGGGUUGAUGAACAACUUCGUUUGGAUGAGCAGUUGUUGCUUUUCAUGGACCAGCUCGAGGCUUUGGAGGAGAAACGAGAUAAACUGAAUUCCCUUAUAGAAGAGGGAUGGUUUUCUAUUGCCAAGGCACGUUACUCGAUGGGAAAUAAGCAAGUAUCCGCUCUCCAGUACGCUAGUGUGAUGGAACCGCUUGUUCAUGUUAAUGUCAGCUUGUUGGAGAGUGGGAAAGCUGAGUUUAAAUGUGAGAGAAGUGAAAAUAAAACAGAAGAGCUGAAAAAUAACCCCAUAGAAGACAUUGGAGUGAAAGAGGAAGGUCUUAGGAGGAGAAUAAAUGCCAAACAAAAGGAGAGUAAAGAGGAAGUUCCCUCUAACGAACAACAGAAGACAGACCAUCAAGUAAAAAUAAAGGCAGAGUCAUCCACACCAGAGCACAGAGAUCCAUUAAAGUGGUUUGGCAUCCUUGUACCACAGAAUCUUAAACAAGCUCAAACUGCCUUUAAAGAGGUCAUUUCUCUCUCAGCAGAGAUUGGAUCCCUACAGUGUGCAAUAUUGGCUACAAGGAAAGAAAUGCAGGCCCAGAUGAAGGAGAAACAACAGAAGACAGAGAACACUCAACCGGACAUAGUAAAAGAAUAGUGACCUUAUUCAUUAAUUCAUUUAUUUCUUCUAUUAAAUCUUUAUAUGUACCAUAAAAUGUACAAAAUGUGUUCCUUGUCACCGGAUUAAAUGUAUCUGUUUAAAAUGCAUAUUGAAUAAUGUGUUUGGCAAAUGCCAAACAACGAUUAAAUCACUGUUAACUUGUAUAAAAAAUAAUGUUGUUUUCCUUAUAAAAUAUUGUUGAUUGAUGAGCUGUGUUGUCAUUUUGACUAUUUGCUAUUGUGAAAUCUGAGCACUAAUGUAAUUGACUUUAGACUUGUAAAUGUAAAGAUACAUUUGAUUUGUUGUCUGUACAGUAUUUUUUGAGAACCUGCUCUGUGCGGCUGAGAAUAAUCUAAACCUUUAAAGGGAUUGUUCACCCAAAAAUAAAAAAAAUUCUCUCAUUAUUUACUCACCCUCAUGCCACCCCAGAUGUGUAUGACUUUCUCCAGCUGAACACACAUGAAGAUUUUUAGAUGAAUAUUUCAGCUCUGUAGGUCCUUUCAAUGCAAGUGAAUGGUGAACAGAACUUUGAAGCUCCAAAAAGCACAUAAAGGAAACAUAAGUAAUCUGCAUGACUCCAGUGUUUGUAUCUAUAUAUUCAGAAGCAAUAUGAUAGGUGUAGGUGAGAAACAUAAGUAUUUAAGUCCUAAAUUUCAAC